AUGGCGAGACGUUAUGAUACGCGUACAACUAUAUUUUCUCCAGAAGGUCGACUUUAUCAAGUUGAAUAUGCGUUGGAAGCAAUUUCUCAAGCUGGGACUUGUUUAGGAAUGCGAACAAAUGAAGGCAUUUUUCUGGUAGCUGAGAAACGGGUUACAGAUAAACUGCUGGAUUCUAAUGUUAUGCGCGAAAAAAUUUUCAAAAUUUCUCAAAAUGUUAUAUGCGCCGUCGCUGGAAUUACAGCCGAUGCUAAUGUUUUAGUGAGCAAAUUACGUGCUAUGGCAGCUGGUUUCCGCAGUAGCUAUGAGGAUGAUAUUCCAAUUGAACAGCUUGUCUCACUUUUGGCUGAUUUCAAACAAAGAUAUACGCAAGUUGGAGGAAAGCGCCCCUACGGUGUUUCUCUUCUCUAUGCUGGUUGGGAUCUUCAUCACGGCUUUCAACUUUAUCAAUCCGAUCCAAGCGGCAACUAUACGGGAUGGUUUGCUACUUGUGUAGGCAAAAAUCAACAAACGGCAGUUUCUCACUUUAAACAGGAGAGCAAAGACAGUGUGGAGAAUAUGACUCUUGAGGAUGCUAAAAAGCUUGUUAUGAAGGUUCUUUUCAAAACUCUGGAUAGAAAGCCAACAACAGAACGAUUAGAAGUUGCUGAAUUGAAAAUGGUUGAGGGCAAAUUGGUUAUGCGUUUUGUUCCAGAUGAUGAAGUAAAGGAACUUAUUGUUGAAGCUGAAGAAGCUUGUAAAGCUGCUGCUUCAACUGAUUAA